AAGUGGCACGACAGCAGCUGAGUUGCAAGCAACUAGCUCCUUCGCACUAAUGGUGCGCUCGCGCUCAUUGCGGGCCGCCAUUAUUCUUGUGCAUUGAGGUCGAGAAACCGGUGGCAGAAUGCUGGAGAUGGUGGUGGUGGCUAAAGCAACAACAAUAGAAGCAAGAAAAUAAUAAAAAGUUGUGCAAUUGUAUGUGCCUGUGUUGCGGCUGGCACAGGCUUUUGUUGUUGUUCAUUUGAGAGCGUGAACAUACAAAAGCACUCACUCAAAUGGAACAGCAAAUUAUCUCGAACAGGUUAACGUGUAUAGCGUGGUCGGUUAAUUGAAGCAGUGUGCGGCGGUGUUGGCGGUGGGGUAUUGAGUCGAAUGAGCCGUCACAACUGGUUGAAGUGGAAUUUUGGAAUUUAGUGCGCCGAGUUCGGCUUUCGUGUGUGGAUCGUGUCGUUGUGUGAAAAAUAUUCAUGAUUACGCUCAGUGCAGACGUGUGAUGUGAAAUCAAAGUUGCAAUAAUAAAAAAAAAUAAAAUAAAAAAAUGACAGUUGAAAUAAAACGAGUAAAGUUGUGAAUGUAGAAAUUUAUGCAUUAAAUAUAAGUAAAGUGUAUAUUACUAAAUAAAAAAAUAUCAACGAUAUUGAAAGCUGUGAAAGUUAGAAAAAAACACAAAUAAUAAUUAAUUAAAAGAAUUAAAAUAAAAACAUAUUAAAAAUAAAUAACUAUAUUUAACAAAACUUUAAAAGUGCACAAAAGUUUUAUAGAAAGUAGUAUACAAAAAUAAAGAAACAAAGAACAAAAAUUAAAAAAUUUCAAGCACAUUUUUUACUUUCACUUAAAUGCGCUUCUAACACUUACAUAUACGUACAUACAUAUAUAACAGCGCAUUCUGUUGUUUUUUUGUGUGCCAAUGUAAUAACUUAAAUACAUACAAACAACGCAACUUAUUAUAGUAUGCAGCUUUUUGGUUAAUUCUACAAGUAUACUCCCUUAGCAAAUACCUAAAACAUAAUAGGCAUUUAUAAUAAAAAUCGUGAAAAAAUUACUCCCAACACUGCAUUGCUCGCUUGGUCAUGUUGAUUGAACCGGGUAUUAAUCAUAAAUUUGGAACAUUGGCCGCCGCAAAUACGAGCAUACCAGCGCAUUGGAAAAUGGAACCACCAAGAAUACCAGCCUUAGCGGGUACAGGUGGUGCGCCCACUAUACCGCCACCGUGCAAUAUCGGCCUGUCACCCUCUGUGCAAAUACCGGGUGCUGCAAUCUUCGGAGCCGGUGGCUCACCAUCGCCUACCACUUUGAAUGCGCUCAUGUCCCAACAGCGUUUACUCGAGUUGUCCCGAUUUGGCGGUCUCCGCGGUUACGAUAUAGCUCAGCAUAUGUUGUCGCAACAGGGUGCUGUUUCGAAACUACUAGGUUCACUGCGUCCACCUGGUCUAAUUGGAGGCUCUAAACCAAAAGUCGCCACACCAACAGUUGUCUCGAAGAUCGAACAGUACAAGCGCGAAAAUCCAACAAUAUUCGCAUGGGAAAUACGUGAACGGUUGAUUUCGGAAGCUGUGUGCACCAAUACCACCGCACCUUCAGUUUCUUCCAUUAAUCGUAUAUUACGAAAUCGAGCCGCCGAGCGUGUGGCCAGUGAAUUUGCACGCACCGCCGCCUACAGUCUCUAUCCACCGCAUCCAUAUGGCGGCUUUACUUGGCAUCCCUCUGCCGCAGCGGCAGCUGCUGCAGCUAAUGCACCCUCAGCUGCACACUUUUGGCCAACACAAGCGACGGGUCCAACGCUUACGACGCUGCCACCGUCUGGUUCUGGUAAUAGUGGCGGUUUAAAUAGUAAUAUGUGUGCUAGCAGUAACUCGGGUGGUCUGUUGACAACAAAUAAUCGUCCAAUAUCACCUGGUUCGGGUAGUCGGGACACCCUGGAGUCACCCGAUGAUAGUCGACAUGUGGACUCGGAUUACUUGGAUGAUGAUGAUGAACCAAAAUUUCGUCGCAAUCGCACUACUUUCAGUCCAGAACAGUUAGAGGAGUUGGAGAAGGAGUUCGAUAAGAGUCAUUAUCCGUGUGUGAGCACACGCGAGCGUUUAUCGAGCCGUACCUCGUUAAGUGAGGCCCGAGUGCAAGUUUGGUUUUCCAACAGAAGAGCGAAGUGGCGCCGCCAUCAGCGGAUGAAUCUGUUGAAGCAGCGCUCCAGCCCAUCCGGCCAUCCACAUAUUCCGCAUUCACAGCCGUCUCCCGAAAGGAACAACAACAACAGCUACAACAGCAACAACAACCACAACAGCAACAGUCUCAAUCACAGUCUCGCGCCGCCAGCGACGAUGGGCGUGGCCGCCUCACCGACGUCCAGCUGUCACAGCAACAGCAACACCUCUACAUGUGCGGGCGCGGACCAACUGCAGUCGCACCACCACCACCAUCACUACACACAUGGGGGUCAAACAUCGUCGGCGACGGCGGUGAAUUCGCCAGGGAGCGAAUUGGAAUUGCGCGCACACGGACAUCAUUUGACGCACCAUGCUUCGCAUCAUCCCCCGAACAGCAACGCGGCCACAAUGUUGUUGAAUCACUACAGCCAACAACAACAGCACCAGCAUCAUCAACAACAGUACGUUGCCAAAACGCAUUAUGCAGCGGCAGUGGGCGAUCAAUUGCAACACCCAGCGGCAGAACCGAGUGCAGAGAGUGCAGGCUCGGCGGCCGCGCAACACCAACAACAUCCGUUGGCAAUAACGCUGGCGGCAACACUGGCGACAUCUCAGCAACAGCAGCAGCAACUCAGCACAUCGCCCACAGCAUCAGCGCCAUUAUCAAUGGGCGGUGAGCAUAGCGCUUUCCGCUCGCUGGUCGGCUCACCCUCCGCGGCGGCGUUCGCGCAUUUGGUGCGCCAGUACGCAGUGGCGGCGACAUUGUCAGCGAAUGCCGCAAGCAUGGGCGAGGAGCUAAAACAACAACAACACCACCAGCAACAGCAACAUAACCACCAACAACAACAGCCAGUGACAGUGGACGACUCUUCCGAAGACUCAGAGGAGGAGAUCAACGUGCACGACGACUCCGACGAUGAGUUGGAAGUUGUACUGCGCACGCCUCGCACUUGUGCCGCAGAUCAAAAUAAUGGCUACAACAACAGCAACAAACAUAAGGAAAACACGAGCGCUACCAUCAACAAUAAAGUGAGUGAAAUGUCGCCGACUAGCAUCAAAGCGCCACUGCAACUCACCAAGCAUGAUCGCUGAGCGCGCGCCACACGCUCCAUUCUAAUCGCGUGAAGCAGGGCGUUGCGCGCACGGAUUGCAUUACAACUAAAUUUGACAAAGUUGACUCGGAGUUGCGCUUGUGAUUGACACAUUGGUACCGCCAAUGUUGGUAUAUAAUAGCAGCGGCAUGGCGGUGAGUGAAGGUAAGAAUUACUUUGGCUAUUGUAAGGCCCCGCUAAACAUGCGCUGCCCGCCUCAUAAUGAGCGUAACAUGAAACUUGGCGGACGCAAGCUGCAUGCUUAGUGCUAAGCGCUGCUCUGAAAAAACACUAAAAUGAUAAAAUAACCAAAACAAAUAUGUACAUAGAUUUGCAUUUGAAUGAGCUUGUUCGCUUUGCAAAAAUUACAACAAACACAACAAACAAUUUGAAACCAAAGUAAUUAACGAAAUCGUACAACAAUACAACGAGCGUACGCGUGCUACUUAAUAUAGGUUAUAACACAAAAUAACAACAACAACAAUAUUACUCAAAUACACAGUAAAAAAUUUGAAUCUUGGAACAGUUCCAUUUGGAACUGACACUAGUCUUUUUUAAACUGGUCAAGACCAGGGCUGCAAAUUCUUCGAUUAAAAGUUUUGGAUUAAAAAUUAGAUUUUUAUUUUUUAAUUCCAAUGUUGGGAGACUUUUAUUUUUUUAUCCGGUAUGCGGUAUUAAAUGUUAAUGUUUGCAUCCUGGUCAAGACUAUUUCUCUUUUUGGCCUAAAUACUGGCGAUGACAUGGUCGAUUUUCAAUUAUUUAUCUUUUUGAUUUGUGAUCUUAGAACUAGAUUUAUAAUAGUUUCGUUUCGAUAUAUUAUUUUACAAAUGAAGAGAAUUUAGAAUUAUUUAGACUUUCUAAAAGUGUAUGCCUUAAAAAUGAUACAAACGACUCACUCGAUUGUGAGUUUUUAUUUCAAACAUCAGCAACAAAGAUUUGUUUUUUCCUAAACAACAUUUUUACUUAACCAAGUAUUUUGGUACUUACUGAAAGUUAGAUUUAUGUUUUCUCCCUCUAUAAAUCCAAAAUUUUACUUAAUUCUUAGUAAUUAUCCAUUAUAUGGUCUGUCUGUGAUUCCAGAAAUAAAGAGGAAUGUAUUUUUCAACUACAUAGCAAGUGGUUUAUUUAUAUCAAACGAUUAGCGGUACUUUGUCUAAGUUCAAGAAUUCUCUUCGCCAGCGUGUUUUUGUUACUGGGUUACCUUUGAAAAUGCACAGUGUUGUUGUUGAUUGUUUAAAAAAUCUUUAUAUAUAAGAGUGUGACUAUUUCGUUUAAGUGACCAAUUAAAUUUAAAAAUAAAAAGAAACAGUCCAGUACUAAUUGAAAAUUAGUUAAAUAUUAAAAAAUAUAUAUAGAAAACAUUAUUAACACAAAUUUCCUAUUUUUGCACUAUAUACAAAAUUACUUUAAGUAGUAAGAGAAAAAAUUAUAUGCACAUACAUAUA